AUGCAAUUGCAUGGUCAUUCUUUGAAUGUCUCUGGACCAUCAUCUAUCGCAAAUGCUGCAGCAAACAAUUUUCUUCCUUCAGUGUUUCUUUCUGUCAAUAAACAACCACUUUCACCAGAAAGUCCAUCUGGUUCACCUAGUGUCAAGAAACAAAAGGCGGACCUGCCUGCUUUAGGCUCUCCCAAGAAAUUAGUGAAUGACCCUGGCAAAGAGCUUACACCGCAGGAUGACUUUAAACCUGUGCUCGGGGAACUUUUGGCAUCUCAUCCAGGGUUGCAGUUCUUACAGAGUACAUCUCAAUUUCAAGACAGAUAUGCGUCUACAUUAAUCUCUGCUGCCAGGCUGUCACAAUCACCAAUACCACCUCUGCACUACUGGUUCAAGUGCUUAGAUUUUGAUGCAAAUGGAGUUAUAACAAGGAAUGAAAUGCAAUACUUCUACAACGAUCUGCAGCAUAGAAUGGAAGACCUGCACAAAAAGGCUGUGCCUUUUGAGGAUAUUUUGUGUCAGAUAGUUGACAUGAUUAAUCCACCGGUGAUCAUCCAUUAG